UCCUUUCCUUGCAUUAUGGAGUAUAUCAAUGCUUUGGUGCCUACAACUUUGAUAAAGUCAGUAUCGAAUGCAGGUACAGAACUCACCCGACGCGUCUGGUCACCUAGCCCUCCACCGCAGCGCCCCUUCCGGGUUUGCGACCACAAACGCAGCAUCCGUAAGGGGUUGAUGGCAGGGACCUUGCAGGAGUUGCUGGUGAAGGUGAGGGAGACACUGCUGGUGUCGGGCAUCAUGUCCUUGGUUUUGGAGGAGGACGGUACUUUGGUGGAGACAGAAGAGUUUUUUGAGGCCUUGGAAGAUAACACAACCGUGAUGGUGCUAGAAAAGGGCCAAAAGUGGAGUCACAGCAAGGGAGGUGGUCAGUCAUAUGCACUAAGUGGUGAAAAGCCCCGAAACAGCCGGGACAUUGCCCGCAUCACGUUCGACAUCUACAAGCUCAACCCACGUGACCUCUUCGGCAGCCUUAAUAUCUCAGCCACGUUCUACGGGCUCUACUCCAUGAGCUGUGACUUCAAGUGCCUGGGACCCAAAAAAGUGUUGAGGGAGUUCUUACGGGUGACGUCCUCCGUCAUGCAAGGCAUUGGGCACAUCCUUCUGGGUGCCUCUCACUAUAUCCGUCGGCUCUUGGAGGGUGGCGACAACUGGCAUCAACGUGCUAGGCUGCGUGCCUACGAAGACUGA